CCUUCUCACAAUCUUACAGCCCAGCUAGCUAAGCUAGGGGAGCAUUGGUCCCUGGGAGCCAGCACAGCUAGCACACCAGCAGCGGCAUGAUAUAUAUGGGAGCAAAAGCUGGAUAGAUAGAUAUGUGGAUACGUGGAUCAAGCAUCUUAGUUUAGCUUAACCCAGCACUCACGCAGCACAAAAAAAGCAGCACCACCACUAGUUGUUUCUUCGUGGUGUCAAUUGCUCAGCUCGAUCGAUCGAGGUGUCUUGAAUCCCGGCUGCCAUGGCGAACUACCGGCUCGGCGGCGGUGGCAACGGGCACUACGAGAUGGCGGCAGCAGCGGCUGCGGCGUGGAGGGAGCCGGAGAGCCCGCAGCUGAGCCUCAUGAGUGGGUGCAGCUCCCUCUUCUCCAUCUCCGGCCUGCGCGACGAUGACGCCGACCUCCACCUCCUCACCGGCGCGCGCUCGCUGCCGUCCACGCCGGUCUCGUUCGGCGGGUUUCCUGGCGGCGAUGAGGUCGACAUGGAGCUGCGGCAGGGCGGCGGGAGCAGCGGCGAGGACCCGAGGACCAUCCGGAUGAUGCGGAACAGGGAGUCCGCGCUGCGCUCAAGGGCCAGGAAGAGGGCAUAUGUGGAGGAACUCGAGAAGGAGGUUCGACGUCUGGUGGAUGACAACCUCAAGCUGAAGAAACAGUGCAAAGAGCUGAAGCGGGAAGUGGCCGCCCUGACCCUGCCCACCAAGAGCUCUCUCCGGCGAACCUCGUCCACCCAGUUCUGAAAGGGGAUCAGACGGCCCAAGACGCAGAGCAGAAGUGCAUUUUGGCAGUACAAAUUUAGGAGAAAUUUAAUCAAACCUGUGAAAAUUUCGUCUACAGUGUGUGUGUAUACCUAUGUACAUGAUCGAUCCAAACCUAUAAAUGCUCUUGGGCCUUUUUGUGCG